AUGGCGCUGGUGAUGGAGCCGGUGAGCAAAUGGAGCACGAGCCAGGUGGUGGACUGGAUGAAAGGUCUCGACGACUGCUUGCAGCAGUAUGUGUGUGUGUUUGAGCGCGGAGGUGUGUGUGGGGAGCGGCUGCUGAGGAUUAGCCAUGCUGAGCUGGAGGAGCUGGGAGUUUCCCGGAUUGGACAUCAGGAGCUCAUUCUGGAAGCUGUCGACUUACUGUGUGCUUUGAACUCAGGGUUGGAAACAGAGAGCGUGAGGACUCUGGCCCACAAGCUGGGCGCCUCGGCCAAGAACCUCCAGAACUUCAUCUCGGGCCGCCGCCGCAGCAGCCAAUCAGAGAGCAGAAGCUCCCGGCGGCUGCCCAACGACCUCCUGACCUCUGUGGUCGACCUCAUCACCGCCGCUAAGAGUCUGCUCGCCUGGCUGGACAGGUCUCCCUUCGCCGCGGUGGCAGACUACUCGGUAACCCGAAAUAAUGUCAUCCAGCUCUGCCUGGAGCUCACCACCAUUGUGCAGCAGGACUGUACGGUGUUUGAGACGGAGAACAAAAUCCUCCAUGUGUGUAAGACUCUGUCGGAGGUGUGUGAACACAUUGUGUGUGUGUCAUCAGACCCUCUGGUCUCUCAGUCGGCCCACCUAGAGCUCGUUCACCUCACCAACAUCAAACCCUCUGAAGGCCUGGGAAUGUACAUCAAGUCAACCUAUGAUGGCCUUCAUGUGAUCACAGGAACUACGGAGGGGUCUCCUGCUGACCGCUGUAAGAAGAUCCACGCUGGAGAUGAGGUCAUCCAAGUCAACCACCAGACUGUGGUGGGCUGGCAGUUGCGUAACCUGGUCGGCUCGCUGAGGGCCGAUAAAGGGGGCGUGUCCCUGACCCUGAAGAAGCGUCCGCAGAGCACGCUCAGCUCCGCCCCCGCACUGCUGAAGAACAUGCGCUGGAAACCCCUGGCUCUGCAGCCAACCAGGAGCCCAGGCAGCAGCUCAGCCACACCCUCAAGUACGCCCACCAAGAGCUCUGCCCUCCAGGACCUGUACAUCCCCCCUCCUCCAGCUGAGCCAUACACACCCAGAGAUGAGACGGGAGCCUUGUCUGGGGAUGAGGCAUCCCGUAACCAUGGCAGUGUCGCGGUUGCUAAGCGCUCUGAGUCACCAAACUCCUUCCUGGAUCAAGAGUCUCGCCGGCGAGAAGAGGAGGAGCCUGUCUACUGCACCACGCCCACCUAUGGCAGGCUGAGGCCGAUCUCAAUGCCCGUGGAGUGUAACUGGGUGGGCGACUAUGAAGACCCAGCCAAGCUGAGCCGAGAAAGCCGCAGAGAAGCGUCACUGAUGCGCUACGUGGGACUGGCCAGCGGGGAGGAGAGGACCGGCUCUGACGACUACUCCUCGCACACGGCGCGCGCCGGCAAGCGCUCCAACGACACGGCCAAGCGGGCCAAAAGGCGGAGCCACCACAGCCAGAGCCCCUCCCACUACGUGCUGCAGACGAAUCAAAGGGACUCGCCGCCGAGAGACCCGGCCUCCAUUUACCAUACAUACCAACAAUCUGCCUCUCUACAGUCAAAGAACAGGAAGAAGAAUAAAGGCCGAGGUUUGGCCUCGCUGAGUCGGAGGCGUGUUUCCUGCAAAGCGCUGGGCAGAGGAGACUGUGAGGGCUGGCUGUGGAGGAAGAGGGACGCCAAGGGUUACUUCUCCCAGAAAUGGAAGAAGUACUGGUUUGUUCUGAAGGACACCUGCCUGUACUGGUACAUCAACGAGGAGGAUGAGAAGGCGGAGGGCUUCGUCAGUCUCCCAGAGUUUAAGAUCGACCGGGCCAGUGAAUGUCGCAAGAAGUAUGCUUUUAAAGCGUGUCAUCCCAAGGUCAAGAGCUUCUACUUCGCAGCAGAUGGAGUGGAUGACAUGAACAGGUGGCUGAGUCGUCUCAACAUGGCCGCCGUGGGCUAUGCCGAGCGAGAGAGGAUACGCCAGGAGCAGGAUUACUGGAGUGAGAGUGAACAUGAGGAUGAUGCCACCGCCAGCCCCAAACAGGACAGCCCCCCGCCUCCUUAUGAUACCUACCCACGGCCUCCAUCAAUGAGCGCCUACUUGGAAGGCAGGACCACCCGACUGUCUUCCACGGAGACUUCUCGCUCCCGCUCUUCCCAGGAGGACUUCCUGUGCGGAGAUCCCACCGUCGGGGGCGGGGAUCCGCAGUACCACCCCGGCCCUCUAGGAGGAGGCACCACUCACAGUGGCAGGAAGCCAGGGGGCAGCAACAGCAGCGACCUGCAGUACCGAUGUGAUCCUGUGGAGUACCGCUCCAGUCCUGCGGGGGGCAGCAGCGAGACAGGCUCCCCGGGACGCUCCUCCUCGUCCCAGCGACGCUCCUGGCAGGACCUGAUUGAGACCCCGUUGACCGAGGCUGGUCUGCACUACCUACAGACUGGACCACUGGAGGAUGCCGUGUUCACCGAGCCGGGCCCGGGGGGCGGGACCAUGACUGUGGGUGGAGUCUACACUCUCCCCGCACAGAGGAAUGUCCCGUUGCCCAUGGCGAUGCAGAGGCUCAUUCCCAUGGCAACCCAGGGAGGGAAACCCCGCAGCUUCACACUGCCACGAGACAGCAACCUACACACACUCCUCACGCCCCCCGCCAGGGAGGAACAGCAAACACACACUGGUGGGAGUGAGGGGGCGUCGCUCGGUGACCUGUUCCGUGCGUGCGAGCAGGGCGGCGUGUGUCCUCUGGGCCGCGGGUCGGAGGUCAAGGGGCAGUCCGAGUUCAGGCAGUCGUUCCUCCGACGGGCCGCCGACCCUCAGCUCAACGACCGCCUGCACCGCCUCCGUAUACUGACCUCCACGCUGAAGGACAGGGAGGGGGAGCUAGCGCUGAUUGACAGGCUGCUGGCCAAUCCCCAGCUGUCGUCGGCAGAGUUCCAGGAGUGGAAGAGAGCCUAUCAGGAGCUGUUCUCUCAGGAGCCAGUCACAACAGCCGAAUCAGACCCCGCCCCGCCCUUGACUCCCUCACUCUCGCACACACACUCCUACAUUGAAACCCAUGUCUGA